UUCCCCGAGAAUGAGGCGCAGCGCCGGGCACCGCAGCACCGAGGACCGCAGCACCGAGGACCGCAGAGGAUCAAGGUUCCUGUGAUGGAGGGGUCAAAGAUGUCUGUGCCCCUGGUGCUCCUGCUGCUCCUCUCGGUGCUGCUGACAGGUGCAUCCCAUGCAGGGCCUGAUAUGGACCCCUACAAAAUCCUGGGAGUCACCAGGAGCGCCAGCCAGGCUGAGAUCAAGAAGGUUUACAAGCGUCUGGCAAAAGAAUGGCAUCCUGACAAAAACAAAAAUCCAGGCGCCGAGGACAUGUUUAUCAAGAUUACCAAAUCCUAUGAGAUCCUGUCCAGUGAAGACAAACGUGCCAAUUAUGACCGCUACGGGCAGACUGAUGACACCCAGCCGUACGGCGGCGCUCGCUACGGUCAACGCCACGACAGCUUCUACUUCGAUGAGUCCUUCUUCAACUUCCCCUUCAACAGCAAGAACCACAGGGACUUUGCUGACAACAAGUACACGUUGCACUUUAACCAGUACGUCAAUGACGUGGUGCCCGACAGCUACAAGAGACCGUACCUGAUAAAGAUCACCUCCGACUGGUGCUUCAGCUGCAUCCACAUUGAGCCUGUGUGGAAAGAGGUGGUGCAGGAGAUGGAGACUCUAGGUGUCGGGAUUGGUGUGGUGGAUGUGGGCUAUGAGAGACGGUUGGCCAAUCACCUCGGGGCUCAUCGCACGCCAUCAAUACUCGGAGUCAUAAAUGGCAAAGUGACGUUUUUCCAUUACGCUGUGGCAAAGGAGCACCUGAGGCAGUUUGUGGAAGGCCUCCUUCCUCAGAGACUUGUGGAAUGGGUCACGGACAAGAAUGACCUGCAGUUCCUGAGCAGCUGGCAUGAGCUCAACAAGCCUCACGUGCUUCUGUUCGACCAGGUUCCUGCAGUUCCUCUGCUCUACAAACUGACAGCUUUUGCUUAUAAGGACUACUUGCAGUUUGGCUAUGUGGACCAGGGCCUUUCCGAGACGGCUGAUCUGCAGAAACAGUUUAAUAUUAACACUUACGCUCCAACCAUGUUGGUGUUCAAAGAGAACAUUGACAAGCCUGCUGACAUUAUUCAGGCAAAAGGAAUGAAAAAGCAAAUCAUUGAUGAGUUCAUGUCAAACAACAGAUUCCUCCUCGUGCCACGGCUGGUCAAUCAGAAGCUCUUUGAUGAGCUCUGUCCCGUCAAACAGUUUCAUAGACGCAGGAAAUACUGUGUCCUGCUGAUCACAGAUGACGAUGAGACCUACUCUUUUGGGAACUAUGCGUUUCUCUCAUUUGCCUCUACCAACACCAAGGAAGUUGUGAGAUUUGCUUAUGUGUACCAACGGCUCCAGCAACCUCUUUGUGACAUCUUCACACAGAACAAGGACGGUGCACAGUCAUCGGCACAGGUGGUGAUUCUGGAGAGGCGUAACGCUGCAGGGAAGGCCUUGUUCAAGCCAGUGACCGCCUGGAACGGCAGCGAGGAAGACAAGCAGCUUCUCCUGGAGGAGCUGGAGCGACUGCAGAAGGACCCGUCCAUCCUCGUCCACGAUGCCGUGCUGCCCGAGCUCAACAACGAGUUUGCGUCUAUGUUUCUGAUCCGAUGGAUCUAUGCAUCAUGCGAUUACCUCUCUGAAGUCAUUGAUGAUAUUCUGCACAACAACUGGCGUGAGAUGAUGCCUCUUCUGUCCCUCAUCUUCUCUGCCUUGUUCAUCUUGUUUGGCACUGUGGUCAUCCAGGCCUUCAGUGACUCAAGUGAAGAUAAGCCGACUAAACCAAAGGCAAAGGAUGGAACAAAAGCAGAAAAUGGGUCGCCAGGGACUGGUAGUGCUUCAAGUAGUCGGCCUCCCAAAAAGAAUUUUGUGGAGGUGACGGAGCUGACGGAUAUCACUUACAUGAGCAACCUGGUGAAGCUGAGGCCCGGACACAUGAACAUAGUGCUGGUGCUCACUGACGCCUCCAAGAACAUCCUGCUUAGCAAGUUUGCCAAAGAGGUGUACUCCUUCACAGGGACCCUGACACUUCAUUUCUCCUUCCUGAAUAUUGACAAGCACGGCAAGUGGAUGAACACGCUGCUGGAAUAUGCCCAGGACGCCAUGCAGAUCGACGCGGACGAGGAUGACGGGGGAAACCACAAGAUGGACUACACCGGCUACGUGCUGGCGCUCAACGGCCACAAGAAGUACCUUUGUCUGUUCAAGCCCGUCUUCACUGGGGACGACCCGGACAGCAAGUCGUCUGAGGACGAAGGGGGCGGUGUAGGGGGGAGGUCCAGGUCCCGAUCCCGUGACGACCACCCGCCGCGCAGAUCCAAACGAUCCCACAGUCUAUCCACCCUGCAGAUCCACCACAAACUGGACCGCCUGGGGUUGUGGAUGGAGAGGCUCAUGGAAGGCACUUUGCCCCGUUACUACAUCCCCACAUGGCCGGGACUGGACAAAAUCACCCCCAGUAAAUAGAUGGAGGUGGGGUUCUGCCCAAGUUAGGCUGGAGCUGCCUUCUUUGCACUUGAGAUAUUUAAUAGUCUCUAAAGUUGGGACAAUAUUACAAACUAGUACAACUCCUGUGGGACAGGUCCUUUAGCCAACCCUUACACUCAUCGCAUGCUGUUUUCAACUGUUGGUGGUCGUACUGUAGUCCGGCAAAUGCUGCUGCUGCUACAGCUUUGUGGACAGAAAACAAAAACACUGUGGCCACCUGAACUCUCCUGCCUUCAUGACCAUCAGUCAUAUUCACACACACUAAAGGAUAUAUGAAUACUGUGAAUAGAGAUGCAUGUCUCUAACAGCAAAUGUCUUGCCUCUUCAUGCAUCUCAGCCCAAUUUUUUUCAGUUACAGAUGAAGCUGACGCGCUUGUGCAUGACGGCUCACUCACUGCUGUAAUGACCUCAGUUAGCCAGUAGCUUUAUGUAGCAAACAUUACGAUCUGGCUGUGCAUUUUUAUUUUCUGAGAGUUUUCCCAAAUGGCCACGAUCGACUGACGCAUUAUCAUUAUGUCAUCUUUAAUAACGUAGACAUGAAAAUGAAGUCAAACUUAGUGCGUGCUUGCUUGGGUUAUUUAUUCGUUUUGUCAACGCAAAGUGUAAAAAACGUCAUUCAUAUCAUUUUGUUGGUACAAUGUGAUGUAAAUAUUGUACAUAAUCAUGUCAUCUAUAGGACCUGUAUUUUAAAGAGUACGUAACUUAAAAGAUAAGGUGAAUGUUUUACAUGGAUUUAUCAAAAUGCUGU